AUGAACGUCCUCGUCUACUCCGGACCGGCCACCUCUCCGCCCUCACUUUCCCACACCCUCUCCACGCUUCGCGCCAUCCUCCUCCCGCACUACGCUGUACAACCCGUGGCACCGCAGACACUCGCCGCACACCCCUGGGCCGCGACCUGCGCCCUGCUCGUCUUCCCCGCGUUCCUCCCCACGGCCACGUCUCCCGGUGCUGUGCCACCCCCUGCAGCCACGGCCGUGCAGAAAUAUGCCGAACGCGGCGGGAAGGUGCUCAUCCUUGGGUCCGACGUGCGUGUGCACGAGAGCAGGGCGCGCGUAUCGCUCGCGGCGGGCAUCGAGAGUGUGACCCUCGCUGAUACUGGCCUACUUACCCUCACCGACGGGGAGUCCAGGUUGAAUUUCUCGGUCGGCGCGGCGAAGGGGAACACGCUGGACGCGGCCGGCGAGCCUGCUGCGCUCACCUUGCCCGACGGAACAACUGUUGGCCCAUUGCUUCGCGUUCCAGGCGGGAAAGUAAACUUCACGGAUGUGACGGGGACAGAUGGCCUCUCGGUGCUUGCGCGCUACGGCUCUUUGGACGACGCGCGCACAGCGGCAGGUAUCAAGACAUGUAUCGGGGACGGGGCAGUGGCCUUCUGGAGCACGCAUCUGGAGUACUCCACGCGCGAAGAGAUUGCGUCUUCUAUCCUCACCAAAUCCUCUGCGCUAACUCCGGACGAACUCGCGAAGGCCGAGGACGGACGGAUCCGCGUCUUGCGCGACACACUCGCUGGGCUCGGGCUCACGCUUCCUGCCCAGGGAAGCGGUGUCGCACGGCCAACUGCGCAGGUCCUCACCGGCGCACCGUGGCGUCCUGCGAUCGUAUUGAGCGUCUUGAAAGAACUCGAGGUCCCAGAUCUGCUGACGAUCAGCGAGAAGGGAUACGAGUUCAAAGACAGCAACGACACAUUUAUCAUACAUCCCGCCUCAGCUGCCGCGAAUGUGUUCGGUGUCGAUCAAGCCAAGCGCUAUCCGAGCGAGGAUUCGACAACGUGGAACCCGAAGCACAUCGUAGUUUUCGAGGGUCGCGAUCUUCCUGCACGCGAGCUCGUUCCGCGCUUCGAUCUGGAGGCGUACUACGCGGCAUUGGAGGACGCGCGGAAGAAGCAGGAAUGCCCUUCGAGCUAUACCGACGAGGGUUGGGGGAUGGGCGAGGCCCUCCUCUAUGGCGAGGUGGUGACAAGCACACAGACGAUGCUCGAUAAAAACUUGCGCCUUCUCUCCAUGCUCCCAGUCCCCAUCCUAUCUCUCGCCUCCUCCCAGCUCACCGGCCGCGGCCGCGGCGGGAACGUAUGGCUAUCUCCUCCGGGCUGCCUGCAAUUCUCGCUCCUCCUGCGCGCCCCGUUCUCUGCGUUACCCGCACAGAAGAUCGUGUUCGUGCAGUACCUCUUCGCGCUCGCCGUCGCGGAGGCGUGCCGCGACCCGGCCGUCCUCGGCGCGGAGGGCGCGCGCGUCCGCAUCAAGUGGCCAAAUGACAUCUACGCGGAGCUGCCAGGCUCGGGCGAGCAGCGCAAGAUCGGCGGCAUCCUGGUGAACACGAGCUUCGGUGGGGGCAAGGUUGAGCUAGUCGUCGGGUGUGGGCUAAACGUGCUGAACCCGCCGCCGAUCUCGUCACUCGCCCAACUCCUGCCUCCGGGGUCAGAGCGACACCCCUCAAUGGAACGCACACUUGCCGCGAUCAUGGCGCGCUUCGAGCACAUGUGGACCGCGUUCGUCGCCGCGCGCGGCUCGUUCGCGCCCUUCAUGGACCUCUACCUCGACCGCUGGCUGCACUCGGACCAGCUGGUGACGCUGACGACAGUGACGCCCCCGCGGAAGGUGCGCAUCGUGGGCAUCACGCCCGAGCAUGGUCUGCUCCGCACGCUCCCGGAGCGCGAUGGGUGGGGCGGCGGUGGGGGGCAGGGUGUGGAGUACAUCGACCUACAGCCGGAUGGGAACAGCUUUGAUCUUAUGGCGGGACUCAUCAAGACGAAGACUUAGCCCCGUUUGAGAAUCGGAACGAAUACAAUCGUCGCAGGGAAAAGGGUGCACAUGAAGCUUGGAGGACGCAGUAGGCGUUGCAAGAGCAGUUAAUACCUGUGAUGUAUACUAGUAUCAAGAAUAAGAGCAGAUGAGUGAACACGG